CCUAGAUAAGCUCGAGGCGGUGGGCGCGGGCGUGCACAUUGAGACUGCUCCACAGCUGAAUUGUGCGAGCACUUUCAGUCAAUAGCUAUUAAGUAAAUAUAUUUUAUAUUAUAGUUUAUUUCUGCGAGGUUAUGGCCAGGGCAUCGUUCUGAAGGAGUACAGAGCAGCACGACUUAUCUUUGUACCCACGGAAAUAAUGAUGAAGAAGGAUAUUAACUUGAGUCUGGCAGACGAUGCAGACCUCAAACCUAAUCUCCGCGAUGCUGAGGGCAUCCUCAGUUCCCCGGACCUGGGGCUGCUCAAACUGGCCUCUCCGGAGCUCGAGAGGCUAAUUAUACAGUCCAACGGCAUGGUCACCACGACACCGACCAGCUCCCAGUUCCUCUACCCGAAAACGGUAACAGACGAGCAGGAGUUCGCCGAGGGCUUCGUGAAGGCGUUGGAGGACUUACACAAGCAGAAUCAGCUGAACGGAGCCGGGCAGACGAACAACAGCCUGGAUAUGGGCGCUAACAUCGCUCCGAGGACCGCCCAGCCGGACCUACCGGUAUAUACGAACCUGAACAGUUACGGCAGUGGGCCACUAGGAACCACUGCCAACUACUCCACGGACACGGUCCCUUUCCCGCCUGUCCCGUCACAUCAUUUGGGGACAGCCCGCCGCCGCCGGAGAUCGCCGGAGAUCUCUCGUGCCCAGCCGCUGAAGGAGGAGCCUCAGACGGUGCCUGACGUUCAGAGCUACGGGGAGAGCCCGCCGCAGUCUCCCAUCGACAUGGACACACAGGAGCGCAUUAAAGCCGAGAGGAAGAGGCUCAGGAACCGGAUUGCAGCUUCCAAGUGUCGGAGGCGCAAACUGGAGCGGAUCUCCAGGCUGGAGGACAAGGUCAAAACGCUGAAAAGCCAGAACACCGAUUUGGCCUCCACGGCUAGUCUGCUAAGGGAGCAAGUGGCCCAGUUGAAACAGAAAGUCCUCACUCAUGUGAACAGCGGCUGCCAGCUGCUGCCACACGAAGUUCAGGUGCACUGAUGCUAGUCAGAGAGAAAGACUGGGCUACUGACCAGCACAUAAGCUUCGUUUAUUCGGUUAAUGUUGGCAUUUCUGUAUGUAGCCUAGCCCAGACGUGUGCCGUUCCUAGGGAUGAAUACCGGGCCACCUAGGCCAAGCUGUACAUUAAUAAUUAGCUGUUUAAAAUGCUCUGACCAUCGGUAAAAUGUAGAGCAUAAUAUAUGCUAAAUGAUCAUGAGACUUUUCUGCUAUAAUCGGCAGAUAAUUUGGACAAGUUUUGUUUUUAUUCCUGAAACAAUUUCCAGAAAUCACAUUGCUCCACAGAGUGGGGAAAAUAAGUAAAAUAAGUCAGUAUGAAUCACUGGAGUUUUAAACAAUCAACAGUGACCGAUUGGUUUAUUUUAUUGAUGCCGGAAUAAAAAGCUGUUGCCUUUCAUGCGUUUUUUGUAUGACGUCCUGCUCUACCUCGUAUAUAUGGUUACUGGUGAACACGGCAGCAUUAAACUGCCAGAUUUGUCAGUGGAGUUUGGCUAAAAGCUUUCCUGGCGGGGGGAAAAGAGGCACUUGUCAGGAGCUAUAUGCUCAGUUUAAAUGACAGGCGGCACAUAUCUACAUUUGUUUUUUUGUAUAAAUGUUUACAGACUGGCUGUGUCAGUCUCAAACCUGGACCAAACAGAUGUACAGCAUUUCUACUAUAAUAUGCACAUUUAUGACACACAUAUCCUUAAUAUAUCGCGAAUUGGCUGUUAGAAAAAUGCAUAUAUGCCCACAUUUGAAAUGUAAAUGAAAUCUAUUUAUUUAGCAUCUGUAGGGAACAAUUUGCAUGUUACUGACAAACUGGAAUGUUGCCCAUAGUUGGGUGCCACGGGGUGUAACCAGUGUUUAUUAUCUUUAUUAUCCUAUACAAACAUGUAUUUAUUUGUUUUUUACUGUACUGUGUCGCCAUUUCAACAUAAGUUGUAACCCUUUUGUUGCAGAGUCUGUUGUCACCUCUAGCCUACAGGUAUUUGGCUUUACAGUUAUUUGUGUUCUGAAUUAAAUGGUGCUCGACAAUAAACACUGUUUCCUCUAA